GACAAGAUGGCGGCGCUGAGGGCGCUGCGGUGGCGGCGCCUCCCGGGGCUCGCACCGAGGCGGCUCCGGAGCACGGCGGAGCCCCCCGAGGAGCGGCCGCAGUUCCCGGGCGCCUCGGCCGCGUUCUCGGAGCGCCUGGAGUUCAUCCAGCCCCAGGUGCUGGCCGGGAUCCCCGUGUACCGCGUCAUGGACCGGCAGGGACACGUGCUGCGGGACACGGAGGAUCCCCAGCUGCCCCGGGAGGAGGUGCUGAAGCUCUACCGGACCAUGACCCUGCUCAACACCAUGGACCGGAUCCUGUACGAGUCCCAGCGCCAGGGCCGGAUCUCGUUCUACAUGACCAACUACGGCGAGGAGGGCACGCACGUGGGCAGCGCCGCCGCCCUCGACGCCAACGACCUCGUCUUCGGCCAGUACCGCGAGGCAGGUGAGACCGGCUGGGCCAGGUGUGCCAGGCGGGCACAGUCCGGAUUUAACCGAAAUCCCCGUUUCUCGGCCCGAGCCGCAGCGGUGGGCGCGGCGUACGCCAUCAAGCGCGCGGACGCCAGCCGGGCGGUGGUCUGCUACUUCGGGGAGGGGGCGGCCAGCGAGGGCGACGCGCACGCCGGCUUCAACUUCGCCGCCACGCUGGAGUGCCCCAUCGUCUUCUUCUGCCGCAACAACGGCUACGCCAUCUCCACGCCCACGGCCGAGCAGUACCGCGGCGACGGCAUCGCGGCGCGCGGCCCCGGCUACGGGCUGCCCUCGGUGCGCGUGGACGGCAACGACGUCUUCGCCGUGUUCAACGCCACGCGGGAGGCGCGGCGCCGCGCCGUGGCCGAGAACCGGCCCUUCCUCAUCGAGGCCAUGACCUACCGAAUCGGGCACCACAGCACGAGCGACGACAGCUCGGCGUACCGCUCGGUGGACGAGGUGAACUACUGGGACAAGCAGGACCACCCGAUCUCGCGGCUGCGCCUCUUCCUGCAGCGCCGCGCCUGGUGGGACGAGCGGCAGGAGCAGCAGUGGCGCCAGAGCUCCCGCAAGAUGGUCCCGUUUUGGGGAGAAAUCCCGCGGGUUUGGACCUACGGGGAGCACUACCCGCUGCAGCACUUCCAGAAGUGA